AUGGCCGGCUCAGCCUCCGUGGUCCGGCCCGCUGGGUCGCCAUCAACGCCCAUGAAGACCACCGAUGGGCGGUCAUCAGCCGGCUCCAGACCUUCGAAGCCACCCCUAGCCCAUAUCGACGAUGUCCUGUACUUCGACAUCAACCUCCAGAGGUUCAUAGAUGGCCCGAUUGACAAAGCUCUCAACGAAGCCGAUAAUCUGCUGAACAGCGCGUUGGCAAGCAUAAAUUUUGGAGGUCGACUGGACUAUGCUCUCCAGGAUUUCCUCCGAGCGCGUGAGAUUAUCACUCGAGCCAUUCCGAAAAACAAGGCCUUCCCUGGGCUUCGGAGUGAGAAUAAGAGCCAGCUUGACCGUUAUUCAGCUCUUCUGGAGCGAAUGAACAAUCUCUUGGGCAAGUUUGACGAAAUUCAAGAUGAGAUUAGGGCAGACAACGCCCGGACAGGAGUACAACCAACAGUGAGGCACUCAAAGGCAUCAAAAUAUACUUCGCCGACGACAAUACCGACGAGGAUACCGACACCAGGGGAGACUGGUGUAGCGAGCCCAGAUGGAAACAGUAUCUCUCCCCCUUCAGGCAGCUCACCGUCUGUCCAUACAUUGCCACCGCAGAUCAAGCCGAAACCCACGAAUCUCCAAGGCCAGGAUUCUCCGAUCCGCAUGCCACCUUCUGUUCCUUCAGAACCGCAAUCACUUCCACAUGAGCCUCCACAUCCAACCAGUAGCACAGGCAGUGCCAGUUCUUUUCCCGAAAUGCCCAAAGUCCCGGAGGCUAUCUAUCAUCCUCCGCGAGGUACCGUUUCUCCCCUAGCAUCGGCAAUGCCUACAACUGCUGCUCCUCGUCCUGUUUUCACGAGAACGUCCUCCACUUCUUCGCUGAAUGGUAACAGGAGCAGUAGGCCGUCUCUUGUGGAUAAGCGCACAACUUUCGGCCAAUCUUUCGUACCUCCGAACCCCGUCUCCAAGAAAUCAGGGCUGUCUAUACCCCCUGGCGACACCAUCGCGGCAGAGGAACUGUUUCAGCUUAUGAAGAUGAGUGACGAUAGCUUCCGUAUAUUGCUGGUUGACAUCCGUAGUCGUGAAGAAUUUGAUGCUGGCCAUAUCAUGUCGGAGGCCACCAUAUGCAUCGAGCGCGAGGUGCUAUUAAGAAGGGAUAUCUCAGCUAGCGAUAUUGCCGAGGCUAUUUGCAUUUCACCGGCUCACGAGCAAUUACUCUUUGAAAAGCGUCACGACCACGAUAUCAUCGUGUUUUACGACCAAGACUCGGAGAGAAUUGUCAGCACACCUCAGAACCCGCGUGAACAGGCCGUAGUGGCAUUCUUCCGUGCGCUCAACAUCUACGAUUACUCGCAGCGAAAAGCCAUCGUCAAGCUCCUUUGCGGGGGCAUAAAGGCGUGGACAAUGCUGUAUGGACCAAACACCUUGGAAUCGUCAUCUACGGCUCCUUCAAAGACAGAGCCAAUGAGUCCCUCGAGUGCUACCUCGUCCCUAUUGACUCCGAGUCGACGAAUGCACCUUCCACGAUCAAUUCAGGACCCGGAGCAAGCGAAGCGUUGGGAGAGCACCAUGGCAGACGAUAGUGCCAUCUCCCCCAUCAGAACAACCGAAGAGCUCCUACGGCACUUCCCCGCCAUUCCGGGAGCCAAGGAGUCCAUGACUUCGUCCUCGUCUCCCAGCUUGAUGAAUCAUCGUUCACCAUAUUUCACCAGCGUGGGUUCUAUACCAUUACCGCCAACGCGGCCACCACCAGCAUUUCCGCGCAGAACACAUAGUGAGCUCGGAGAUGCCGGUGAGAGUUUAUACUCGGCGACGAGACCGGCCGUCAAGUCACCUCCGCUCGGCCGCGAGGGCCUGCGCAGGCUACGGCCCGGCCUCAAGAAUCCAGGCGUGUACUGUUUCGCAAACAGCUCACUGCAGGCCAUGUUCAGCACACCCGGGUUUUCGCACGAGGUUAUGAUGGGUGAAUGGGGCCCGGUUCCUAGGAAACCUGGAGAACGGAUGGAGAACCCCCAGCUUCUCAUCAAGUCGUUGUCCAUGAUAUUCAAGUGGCUCCAUCAAGGAGAUAUGAAAGCCUUGGAAACUAGAACAUUCAUGGAAUACAUUCGGGAGAUUCACGGCAAAGGGCCAGAUGGCAAGCAUAAACCAGAGCCCGAAGUGUUUGGCGGGUGUUAUCAGCAGGAUGCACAGGAGUUCUACUCGUUCGUCAUGGACAACAUACACGAUGAGACGAAUGUAAGGCGUGACCGGCCACCCCCGAAGGGUGAGAAGUCUUACACGCCUAAAGACGGCAGCAUCAUCCAAAACGCCAUGGAUUACUGGAACCUCUAUUCGCGUGCCAGUGCGUCAAUUGUCGACAAGUGGUUCCGCGGUCUUGAGGCCUUCAUCUCCACAUGUCACAACCCUGGUUGCCGUCAGGAAAUCCGGCUCUUCCAGCCCUGCGACAUCUGGAUCUUGAAUCUUUCUGGCAUGGGCAGCCAAACAGACCUCGAAAGCCUGCUCGUCAACCAUCAAACCUCCGAACACUUCCCCGACCUCAUCUGCGAAACGUGCAAGAAGCCUGGGCGCUCACGCAAAGCCAAGUUUGCACGCCUUCCCGAUCGCCUAAUAUUCUGCCUAAACCGCUUCCAUUCCAAUUCAUCGUCUGGAUUCUCCAGUCCGUUCAGCAGCAACAGCAAGAUUCACUCCAAAGUUCGGUUCCCCAUCCGCGAUCUCGACCUCACGCGCUUCUGUGCGGAGCCAGAUCCGGAUAUGGCAACCACGGAGGAUCGGCAUUUUGCGGGACGCAUGAAGUACGAUUGUUACGCGGUGACAGUGCACGUUGGCACGGGCAUCAACGGUGGGCAUUACUAUGCCUAUGUGCAGGAUGACUCGUCGCCGGAUCCCACGGACUGGUUCCGGUGUAAUGAUGAGAAUGUCGAUCGCGUCAAAAUCGGGGCUGGGCCCGGAGUGUCUGGGGACAUGACAGAGCAGAUGUACCAGAGUGGGAAUGCAUCGGCGUACAUGAUCUUUUAUCGGAGGCAGGGGACAUGA